AUGGCGAAGGCAAAAUCAGAGAGUGGAGAUCAAGUUCCUCUGGGUUCAAAAUUUAGCAAUCCAAUUGGAGAAGGAGCUCAGAGAGGGCUAGCCAUUGUGGACUUAGUGCUGAGAGUAAUGGCAAUCAUGGCAACCCUGAGUAGUGCAGUAGUAAUGGGCACAGCCAAUCAAACUCUGCCAUUUUCAACACAAUCUUCACAAUUCAAAGCCAACUAUAAAGAUCUUCCUAUGUUUAUGUUCUUUGUGCUUGCAAAUUCCCUAGUUUGUGGCUAUCUCUUUCUAUCUCUUCCUCUAUCCAUCUUCCAAAUUAUGGAAGUUGCUUCAGUCACUCCAAGGCUUAUUUUGCUCAUCUUUGACAUGAUGGCAAUGGUGCUUGGAACCGCUGGCGCUUCAACGGCAGCGUCUACAGUCUACUUGGCGUAUCGAGGCAAUGCUGCGGCCAAUUGGGUUUCGUUUUGCACUCAAUUCGACUCUUUUUGUCGACAUAUUUCUGGAUCUUUGAUUGGCUCUUUUGUUGCAAUCCUUACUUUUAUGUUUUUAAUAAUUAUUUAUGUUAUAGCUAUGCUUCGACGCUCAUCAUGA